CCAGUUUAAUCCUUUUCCACCCAGUAUAACCCAGUCCCUCCCAAUAUAACCCUGUCCCAUAACCCAGCCCCUCCCAGUUUAACCCAGUACCUCCCAGUUUAACCUUGUCCUAUAACCCAGUCCCUCCCAGUUUAACCCAGUCCCUCCCCAGUUUAACCAACCCAGUCCCCCCCAGUACAACCCAAUACCCCCUAGUUUAACCCAGUCCCUCCCAGUACAACCCAAUCCCCCCCAGUUUAACCCAGUCCUUCCCAGUUUAAUCCUUUUCCUCCCAGUUUAACCCAGUCCCUCCCAGUAUAACCCAGCCCCUCCCAGUGCCCCGCCCCUCGCCCAGCCCCGCCCACCAUGGCGGCCGCUCUGAGGCCUCCAGUGCAGUGAGGGGCGUGGCUUUCUCACCGCGCGUUGCGAUUGGUUGUACUUCUCACGGGUGGGAACGCCCCUCACCUUUCUCACGUGGUGAUUGGUUGGCGACAGCGGAGGCGAGCAGCGAUUAGCCAGCUAGACUUAAACCGGGGCGCUGGCAGCGCUCGAGGCUGCCCUGGCCUUGGAGGAGGAGGAAGGUGAUAUCCCCACCCGGGUCCUGGUGGAACAUCAAAUGGACACCCGGCGGAAGCAGAAGCUGCUCCUGUCCCAGCUCCGGGUGCUGAAGCUGCUCCUGGGGGUCAUCGAGAACCCGGGGGUGCCCCCAGCCACCACCAACCUGCGCGAGGCGGCGGCGCAGGCGCGGGGGCGCUGGCAGGAGCUGAAGGCGAGGUACGGGGGGGCCCUGGGGGAGGCCGUGCCCCCCGCCCUGGCCCAGCUGCACCGGGGCCAGCAGCUGCUGCAGCGCGGGAGGGCGGCCCUGGGGGCACGGCUGGAACAGCAAGAAGAGCUGAAGGUGAAGGUGCGUGAGGCCACAGAGAGGCGGGACCAGCUGCUCCGGCGGGUUCAGGAGCGGCGCCUGCAGCAGCUCGGCCGGCGGGAGGCAUUGCAGGGACUGCGGGAGACAGCGGCCAGGGUGGGGGCCUCGUGCCACCUGUACCAGGCCCUGGCGGGGGUCCAGGUGCUGCCCCCCUCCCCAGGGACCCCCGAGCUGGAGCUGGAGCUGGGACCCCCUCCUGGCUCCUCCCAUUCCCUGCCCCCCCUUCACCUGUGCCUCACCCGUAGUGGGGAGGUCCAACUGCAGGAACCCCCCCUGGGGCUGCCCCCUCCCUUGGGCCCAGGGCUGCUGGAGCUGCAGCAGCGCUGCUGGGAGAGCUGGAGCCUCUGGGCAGAGGUGACACACCUGAGGAGCAGGUUUGCCCUGGACUGGCAGCCGGAGUUGGGGCUCCUGCAGGUCCUGGGGGGACCCCGGGGCGCCCAGACCCUCUGGACGCUGCAGCUGGAGCCGGGGUACCCCCAGAGCGGGGGGGUGCGACUGCUGCCCCCCGCCAAGGGGGCCCCCCCCAUCCCCGCACCCCCAGACCCCCCCACUCUGACACGGUGGCUGGAGCUGCUGGUGGGGGAGGUCCCUGAAAAUGGGGGAUCCCCCUCUAUCCCCCCCCCAUAAAAAACCCCACUGCAAAUAAACUCAUGGCCACCCCUUCUCCA